AUGGCUUUGCAUUUGCUCUCAAACAUCUUGAGCUGCUUUUCAGAAGCUCCUCAAACGCAAAGCAAACGUUACAUAUGCGAUGGUGAUGUUUGUGUUCUCAGAAAUCAGAAGCAGUUGCGUGGGACAAAAUCAACGAAGAACAAGCGCAGGCACAGCCUCAUGAGGAUUUCCUUCGCCCGUCUUUCGAUGAAAAGGUCUCAGAGUUUUUCGGCACAACAACACAAGCUAUAA